UUGAGUUAGAGCUGCCUUUGACACUUUACCACUUGCUCCACAACACACUAAAACUACAACAACAGCUAUAACAACAACUACUACUACUACUACUACUACUACUACUACUACUACUACUACUACUACUACUACUACUACUACUACAGGUCCGGGAGAUGGAUGCUGACGAGGAAUUUGCCAGAAAACUACAGAGAGAGUUUGAUCUAGAGAGAGAGUGGGAGAGCAAAGAUGCAUCACAGGUACUAGCAACUUUACAAGAGAAGAAUGGAGAAGAGGAGAGAAGAAGAGGAGGAGGAAGAGAAGGAGGAAGAGGAGGAAGAGGAACCACCAACACUUCCCCCCACUCAUCAGGAAAAGAGAAGAGGAAAGGCAGUGGAGGAGGAGGAGGAGGAGGAAGAGGAAGAGGAGCAGAUGACAGUGGCGGCCCAUCCCAGGAGGAGGGGGCUGGGGGGGAUGUCGAGGCGGCCCCCAAACCAGACAGGCCGCGGUGCCAGUAUGGGGCUCAGUGUUACCGCAAGAACCCCACUCACCUCCGAGACUUCUGGCACCCACACACAGGAGGGGGUGGUGGUAGUGGUGGUGGUGGUGGUGGUGGUGAUGGUGGUGGUGGAGCAAGUGGAGAUCAUGGAAAAGGAAAAAAAGAAGGAAGCAACAAGAGAGAGGGAGAGGGAGAAAGAGAGGAGAGAGCACGAAAGAAGCAUAAGGGAAGAGCCUUCACGGAGCGUUUGGACGGCAGUUCCCCCUACAGAGUCUUCCUUAAUAAGUGCUUCAGUGUGGCGGGGACCCAUGGUGACCCUCUCUCCCUUGUGUUCAAUGACCUGCUCUCGCCAGCCCUCGGUACCCUGGUGGAGACUGCCCAGCUGACCUUCCUCGCUGACCUGGACUUCCUGAUGGGCACCUACAAGUCAGUGUCCAGCCAGGUUGCCAACUUGCCACUGCUGUUAUUGUAUGGCAGGAUGGAGGGUGACCUGUCUGACUGCCCUAAUGUGACUGCUGUGGAGGUAAAGACCAGCAUUAUGUACGGCACCCACCACACCAAGGCUAUGUUGCUGCUUUAUCAGACUGGCCUCCGAGUCGUCAUUCACACUGCAAACCUGAUCCCCAACGACUGGUUCGAGAAGACACAAGGCUACUGGGUGUCUCCUCUCUUUCCCAAGCUUGAGAGUGGUAGUGGUGGUGGUGGUGGUGGUGGUGAGGGAGAGGCACCAACAGGCUUCAAGGCAGACCUCAUUCACUACCUACAAGUUUACAAGCUUCAGCAACUCCAUCACUGGGUUGAAGUGGUGAAGAGCCAUGAUUUCUCCCAGUGCAGGGCAGUGCUGGUGGGGAGUGUGCCGGGGUACCACAAGGGGGGUGAGAUGGACCGGUGGGGCCACAGGAAGGUGAGGGCAGUGCUGGGCCGUCACCUCCCCCCUCCCACCCCUCAACACCACCAGGGCCACCCAUACACAGUCAUACAGUCCUCCUCUAUUGGCAGCUUGGGCAAAGAUGAGAGGGCUUGGCUGACCUCACAACUGCACAGGAGCUUAACAGGACCCUCCACCACCACCACCACCCCCAAGAUCUUUGUGGUGUAUCCGAGCCUGGAUGACGUGAAGGGCAGCAGUGAGGGGUGGCAGGGGGGGUCCUGUCUCCCCUACCAGAGCAAGGUUCAUGACAGGCAGAAGUGGAUUACCAGAUAUUUGUGUGUGUGGCGUAGUGAGGGCAGGAAACGCACUCGCUCCAUCCCGCACAUUAAGACUUACUGCAGAGUCUCCCCGGACCACAAGACUGCUCAGUACCUCCUGCUCACCUCGGCCAACCUCUCCAAGGCAGCCUGGGGGGAGGAGCAAAAGGGCGCCACUCAGCUCUUUAUUAGGUCAUACGAGUUGGGCGUCCUUCUCCUGCCAAAGUUUAUAACAGGAGGAAGAGUGUUUGACCUGACCCCUACUGGCAGCUCUCCCACCUGACCCUCCCCUAUGACCUCCCCUCACCCCUACCCCUCCACCAUCCCCUGGUUGGCUGACACUGAGAAGAAGGAGAAGGAUGUGCUGGGUCAGACUUACCCUUAGUGGUGGUGGUGGUAGUUGUUGUUGUUAUUAUUAUUAUUAUUAUUAUUAUUAUUAUUAUUAUUAUUAUUAUUAUUAUUAUUAUUUCUCCAUUUUCUUCCAUAAUUUUUGUAUGUGACAUCAAAGAGAAGUAAUAAAUGUGUCUUGAAUUGUCUGAAGAUAAUUAAUGAAGCAGUGAAGCUGUGAAGAUCAAGUUUUAUAUGCAAGAGGAAAGAGUAGCCAAGGGCAAUGAAAAAAAUAAAAAGAGGGCCCACUUAAUUGGCAGUCCCCUUGCAGGUCAAACAGUCAGAAGAAAGGGACAAAAGUCUUGAAAUUAGUGAAGCAGUGAAGAUAACUAAGGGCAAAGUCCCCCAGAAAAUUAUGGAGUUUAGGUUUCCAGUGAGGUGAAGGCUUACAAACUGAAGGAAACCUGACAUUUUAUGAUCCGAAAAAUUUGGUUUUACAAUUUCUCUUGCAAAAAUAUCAUGUGAAAAAGAAUAUUUGGGAAAUGUUUGUAAAAAUGCGUCAGAUUUUAGAGACCAUGUGUGUGACAUUGAGAUGGAGGGGGCAAUGCGAGUGUCACGCUUGAUGUGAGAGUUGACAAGUGUGCUGAAGGGGUCAAGAUGAGCAAACAUUCCAUAAUUUGUCAUUUUUGCAACUCUUCCUCUCAAUGUCAGUGUGCUUUUUAAACCUCUCCUGAAAUAUUAAGAAUGUUUGUAAAGUUCACUCUAAUCAUAUUGAGAAAGGGUAAAAUGUAUGAAUAAAAGCAGUAUGUUUU